GUAGGGGUGACGUGCACUUUUGGAUAGAUUAUUUCUUGUGAAUCGGGGAGAAAACGACAGACCAAACAAAGAGUGAUUUUCAAGAAUUUUCUUUCAUUUUCCGGAGUUUGUUCCGACCUCUGCUAUGCUUACUGAUCAGUUGUAAGAAAGAACCGAUCCACGAUGGUUUAUAUAGCGAGAGACGGAAGUGUUCACGAAUCUCCGCCAUGGAGCAUCCAACGGCUCAUCGGGAUCAUCACUGGAUUCUUCAGCUUGAUCGCUAUGUUCUUCAAAACAAUGUUCAACAUGGACUCAAGUAGGACAUCCAGCGCUCGGGACUCCGGUGGUGGUCGAGGGAGCGGCGGAGGCGGAGGUGGUCCACCUCCCCCCGGAGGCCCGCGGCGUCGUCCAAUCGGACGGAUGAUGACCCUCAGCGAUUGUACCAUUCCAGGGGGCGGAUGAGCACGGUAAAGCGUUCACCCUGGGAAUUGCCCCGCUUUUCCUGGUGGACGCCGUUGAAACCUAAAAUUGUUGCCGUUUGAAUAUCUAAAAGACUGAGCGCUUUUGUAUGACGAUCAAGUUCUAAACCCACGCUAAAACACGGGCGGAUUUGUUCCGAAGAAGAUUCUCGAACGAUGACUCAAUAAGUUUAUGCUCGGAGGUGUAGUUUUCAACUAAGUUUUUACUGCGGAGUAAAAAUUUAGAUGAAAAUCGCAAGUUCGGCAUAUCCUUUACUCUUUAAUUUUUGUAUAGUUUAAUUUCUGUGUAGAAAAAUCUGUAAAUUGUUUCAAUAAAUGAUAGGCAGCAGGUGGGAGUAAAAAUA